AUGCCGAAACUAUCAGUUUCAGCGUUUUUACAUGUAAAACCAAAAGGAAAUACGCCAGAACCAAUUAUUCUGGCGCUUUUACAUUUCAUUUCAGACUUGGCUUGGCACAGAUCUUCAAGCCGAGCCAAGCCAGACUGUAGCUCGGCUCGAGCCGGCUCAUGUAGAGCACUAGCUAUAAACGCAUUAUGUAGACUGGCCAGUAAUGAAUUUGGAGUUGUUGGUAUUCAAAUUGCUGGUUUAGAUAUGCGAUUAAAUGUUUUGGCAUUAAAUGAAAAACCACCUCGUAAUACUAGUCAAAGUUCUACUGUCAGUACACCCCCAGAUAAUUCCAUAAUAAAAUACACUAAGCCAUCAUGUCCUGAUGUCGAAUGUUUGAUUGACGUCGAAUCAACGCUCGUCCGAUGUUAUCUCGAUUCGCAUAAUGUUUGUAUGAUGCCAGAUAGACAUCUGUUCGAUGUCAUUUCGAUGUUUACUUAA